AUGUCUUCAUAUUCUUCCAGUCUAUCGAGUUCAUACUCAGGCUCACCAACUUCAAGUUCUGCUUCACUUUCAUUCCACCAUCAUAUGUCUUCCCCAGGAAGAGAUACCGGCAAGAUUGGAGACGAGAUGGGAAUAAUCAGAACCUGGUUUUCAGUAUUGGACGAUAGUGAACGAUCAUCUGCCCUCCACUCGAUCGCAGAACUACCAAGUCUGCGAGAGAUUGAACCAUUGAUCCAGGCACUCAAAGACCGCAAGCGAGAAUUAUGGAGGCAACAAGAGAAACUCAUCAUCCAGCCUCCCGUAAAGCCGAAAUGGAUCAUGCCAAUAUUCCCGCAUAACUCUCAAGAUCCUCGAUGGGCUGCCAAAUGGCUUCGAGCUUUGAGGUUGCACAAGUAUGAAAGAUGCUUGUCAGGAAUGUCUCCAGCUCAAGUUUCACGUCUAGAAGACGAGGAUUUGCAGCAGCUGGGCAUUGAUACCGUUGGCGCCAGGGCAAAGAUGCUUCGCGCCAUCCACAAUGUAUAG